GUAGUGUUAGUUUGUUUCGUGUGUUGUGUCAUGGUGCGUGUGUGCUUUUGGACUCUUGCUAUUGCAUUGCAUCAUCCAUAGCCAAAAAAACAAAAGCCUUCUCUGCUCUGCAAAGAGUGUGGGUCUGUUCCUCUCCUUUUAUCUGUGCAUCCAUGUCGGCCACACACUUCGUGGCUUUCCAAUAUUUCAACCCCAAAGAUUCGCUUUCGUGAAUUCCGUUUUUUUCUUCUCUUCUUUUUCGCGGGUCUUUGUUGCCUUCGCUUCAAUUUUGGAGAUCUUCUUGCAGAGAUUCUUGUGUGGGCAGUUACAGAUUUUUUUUUUAAAUUUUUUUUUAUCCUCUUUGCUUCCUUUUUUAUUAAUUUAUUUUUAACCAGAGACAAGACAGCGACUGAGACUGUUGUGUUGUGUUCUGUCUUAGAUCUUGAACUGUGUUUUGUAACAUGUUCGUGUUUCUGAAUGAAAUCAUUUACUUCCAACCUUAUCACUGUCUCUCCAACUUUGUCUUCAAAUUCUGUGUUUCACUUUGAGUGAACUACCUUCUAUUAACAGAACAACAACAGAAAAGAUAACAAAAAUUGGUGGGCUUCAAGUGUUUCCUUGAAAUUUCAUAUUUUGGAGCACUGCCUCCAUGAAAGCCACCCUUUGACAGCUUCAAUUUUCCUGGACAUUAGGGACUUUUGGUAUCAAAGUUGCGGAGACAAAGCAAUUUAGAGAGAGAGAGAGUUUUCAUGUUUGAAUUGGUCAGUCAACAAAAUUGGGACUCUGAAACUGUGGGCGACUAGGAUUCUCUUUCUCAGUGGAAAUAUAAUUUGCAACCACUUUGUGAGGCUUCUCUCAAUUGUUGUGGACACGUGGCACUGAAUUUUCUUCUGGCUUCUUUGUUGGUGUGAUCAUAUACAUGUUUUUUAAGUGAAAGAUGAUUACAUUCAUGGACACAAAAGAGAAAUCAAAGGAGGUGGAGAGGUGUUUGGAUCCUCAGCUAUGGCAUGCGUGUGCAGGUGGUAUGGUGCAGAUGCCUGCAGUGAACACUAAGGUGUAUUACUUCCCUCAGGGGCAUGCUGAGCAUGCAUGUGCACCAGUUAACUUCAGGUCUUGCCCUAAGGUUCCACCUUUCGUUCCAUGCAGAGUGGCUGCAAUCAAAUACAUGGCUGAUCCUGAGACUGAUGAGGUCUAUGCCAAGCUCAGGCUUGUUCCUCUGAAUGCCACUGAGGCUGAUUAUGACCGUGAUGUUGUUGGGGCUGAAACCCAGGACAAGCCUGCUUCAUUUGCAAAGACCUUGACCCAGUCUGAUGCCAACAAUGGUGGGGGGUUUUCUGUUCCUAGGUAUUGUGCUGAGACAAUUUUCCCCCGGUUGGACUACUCGAUCGAGCCUCCGGUUCAGACCAUCCUUGCCAAGGAUGUUCAUGGGGAAACAUGGAAAUUCAGACACAUCUAUAGGGGCACGCCGCGGCGGCACCUGUUGACCACUGGGUGGAGUACUUUUGUGAAUCACAAAAAGCUUGUUGCAGGGGACUCAAUUGUGUUCUUGAGGGCCGAAAAUGGAGAUCUUUGUGUCGGGAUCCGGCGAGCAAAGAAGGGGAUUGGUGGAGGACCUGAGGCUCCCUCAGGGUGGAACCCUGCUGGUGGAAAUUGUCCUGUGCCCUAUGGUGGAUUUUCAGCGUUUCUGAGGGAAGAUGAUAACAGAAUUCUGAGGAAUGGUAACAGCAAUGGGUUGAACCCAAGUGUGAGUAUGAUAGGCAGGGGAAAAGUGAGGCCAGAAGCGGUUAUUGAAGCUGCAAAUCUUGCAGCCAAUAAGCAACCCUUUGAGGUUGUUUACUACCCUCGGGCAAGUACACCGGAGUUUUGUGUGAAGGCUUCACUAGUUGAAGCAGCACUGCAGAUUAGGUGGUGUUCUGGAAUAAGGUUCAAGAUGGCCUUUGAAACGGAGGACUCCUCGCGUAUUAGUUGGUUUAUGGGAACGAUAUCUUCAGUUCAGGUUGCUGAUCCCCUUAAUUGGCCUAAUUCACCUUGGAGGCUUCUCCAGGUUACAUGGGAUGAACCAGAUUUACUUCAAAAUGUGAGAAGGGUGAGCCCAUGGCUGGUUGAAUUGGUGUCAAACAUGCCUGCCAUUCAUCUUUCUCCUUUCUCACCACCCCGGAAGAAAUUGAGAUUGCCUCAACACCCGGACUUCCCGCUUGAUGGCCAGAUUCCUUUGCCAACAUUUCCCGGCAACCUUCUAGGUCCCAGCAACACCAACCAGUUUGGAUGUUUACCCGAAAGUACUCCUGCUGGCAUGCAGGGAGCCAGGCAUGCUCACUACGGUAUAUCCUUAUCGGAUCUCCACCUCAAUAAACUGCAGUCAGGUCUAUUUCCGGCUGGUUUCCCGCCCCUUGAUCAUGCUGCUACACCAAUGAGGGUCUCAAACAACCCAACAUUGCCAAAGCCCAGCAUGAGUGAGAACGUCUCUUGCUUACUAUCUAUGGCAAAUUCUACUCAGUCUCCAAAGAAAUUGGAUGAUGGGAAGACACCCCAUCUCAUGCUUUUCGGCCAAAAAAUUCUCACCGAGCAGCAGAUCUCUCUAAGCAGCUCUGGCGAUACACUCUCCCCAGUUCUUACCAGAAAUUGUUCAUCAGAUGGAAAUGCUGAUAAAGUGGCUAAUUUUUCCGAUGGUUCUGGAUCAGCUCUUCAUCACCAAGGCCAACACGAACGCUCCUCUUGCGAGAGGUUCCAGUGGUAUAGGGAUAACCACCAAGAAAGCGAGGCCAACUUGGAGACUGGUCACUGUAAAGUUUUUAUGGAAUCAGAAGAUGUUGGUCGGACUAUGGACCUUUCGUUGCUUCAGUCUUAUGAUGAUCUAAACAGAAAGCUGGCAGACAUGUUUAGCAUAGAGAAGUCUCAGAUGUUGAGUCAGGUACUAUACCGCGAUAAAACUGGAGCAGUCAAACACAUUGGUGACGAACCAUUCAGUGACUUCACAAGAACAGCAAGGAGGCUGACUAUUCUAAUGGAUUCUGGCAGCAAUAAUGUAGGAGUGUAGUGGAGGAAAGUAAACCAUUCUUUCAAUUGUACAGAUGGUUCAUGAAGUCCUCUAUUCCCAUUUUCUGACCCUUUAGCCCUCUUCCUGGAGCAAUGGAAGGAGGCAGCCUGAUCUAAUUUUUGAAUAUCAAAGCUCUCCACAUAAAUGUUUCUAUUUUGUCUCAAAGGGAUGUUUGGAUUUUGGAAUUUUGAUUGGAGUGAUCAUAACUCGUAUUUUCCUCCUCUUUUCGCUUUAUCUUUGCCUAGUUGAGUUCUCUUUUCAAAUUUUGUUGAGGACAAGGAAAAAAGUUUGAGAUCCUAUAAAGAUGAUUGGUUUGUACGUAGUUAAAAAAAACAGUAUUCAAGUCGAAUACCUGUUGAAACAAGGGGAGAGUCAUUCUUGCUUUUAUGUAUUCACCUCUUCAGAGAUUGUACCAUUUUCUUGUUGCUGCCUUAUAAAUUACUUACAAUUAAAAUUUAA